AUGGCUUAUAUUAGUGUUUCUCCUUCUAGAUCAUAUGCUCAGAUGGUUCCUAACAGGACUAAAGAAAUGCUUUUGCCGAUAAUAAAAAAUGUGGUCAGAACAAAAACAAAAAUACAUACUGACGAAUAG